CCGAGGUCGGCCCGCAGCCCAAUGGUGCAAGGGGUUGACCAAUGCCGAAUUAAGCCGCAUCCGUCUGAUGUACAGUACAUAGGUACCUACAACGUAGGGCUUCAUUCUUGAUGCAAUCCUUCCAAGGGCACUAACCAACCACAUCAUGUCAACCCUGAGAUUAACCUUCCUGUAUCCCCAUUUGUUCCGCACGGCUCGUCUAGGCGAACCCGCCGCCCAGGCAGCAGCGAGGGGUUCCCGGCGCAGGCCUCGCCGUGCGACUCCGACGCUCCCCUGCCUGCACGCCUCGCCCUUCGCCAGCGCGACAACCGCGAGGCAGACCCCGGCCCUCAAGAGACAUGGGAAAGCAGUAGAGCCGGCUCCGCUGCAUAUCGAACCCGACGCUCCUGCGGCUGGGGAUGCGAAGGCGCGGCCCGAGCAAGGUGGUGGUGGUGGGAAGGCGGACAACGAGGCCGUGAGGACCGAAGGGAAGGGGGCGAAGGACACCGGCAAAGCAGCGGAGCCCACCAAUGCGCAACCCGGACAGGCAGAAGAAGCCAAGGCGCAGCAGGCCCCCGGGAGCGACAGCCGUCUGGCGGCGGCAACGGACGACUCCCCACCGAGCACCAAGAGCGGACCGAUGGACACGAUCCUACACAUGGGGCCGCCGGGGGGCUACGAGGAGGCGGCGCCGGGGCCGGGGCGGAGGACGGUGCCGCCGCCGCACAUGGCCGCGUCGCCGUACGUGCACCACUUUGACAGCUACUCGCUGGUCAAGCAGCUCGAGGCGGGCGGGUGGACGGCGGUGCAGGCCAUCACUGCGAUGAAGGCGAUCCGCGGCAUCCUGGCGGCGAACCUGGACGUGGCGCAGGACGGCCUCGUCAGCAAGUCGGACGUCGAGAACGAGACGUACCUGUUCCGCGCCGCCUGCAGCGAGCUCAGCGCCGAGGUCCGCAACAACCGCCGCGUCGCCGACGGGCAGAUGCGCCAGCAGCGCACCACCCUGCAGCACGAGGUCGACAUCCUGACACAGGGAAUGAGCCAGGAGGUCCUGACGCUGAAUGAUAACGUGCGCGGCAUGUUCAACGACCGCAGGAUGGCCGUCCGGGAGGAGCAGAAGGCGGCCGAGAGCGCGAUCCAGCAGAUCAGCUAUAAGAUCAGCAUAUUGCUGAACAGCGACGCAAGGUCGGAGAUCGAGGCCGUGCGCUGGGUCCUGAUCCGGCGCUCCGUCCUGGGCAUCCUCUUCAUGGCGAUCCUGACACUCGGCUCGCUGCGCUAUGCGAGCUAUCGCAGCCACGAGAAGGCGAGGGAGCAGGAGAUGUUGCUGAUGGAGGCGGGCGCCCUCAAGAAGGAGGCCGCUAGGCAAGACGCUGGGCCAGAUGUAAGCGAGAUGCUGGCGGCGAACUGACAGGUUGUAAAUCCGGUGCAAGCAUAGGAGAGAAAAUUUGGGGGUAGAGGGCAACCGAGACUUAGAUCUAGUCGUGUUGGGGAUACCCACACGUAUAUAUACUCCCAGCCGGGCCGUUUUCUAUGUCGCAAGUUCUGGGAGGAAGCCUUGUCGUAGGAGGCACUACCAUUCUUGAACCAGGGGUAUUUCAAUCAAUCAUCCAGUUACCCCUAGCCACCCGCUUAGCACGCGCACGAGUCUCUACGGGCUUCGAGUAUGCAUGUACUUUCCAAAG